UAACCAACCCAUUCAAAACACACAAAAAUAAAAGGAAAAAGAAAGAAAGAAAGAAAGAACUGUCAUUGAAUUUGAAGCUAUGGUUCCCUUUCAACCCCACCCUUCUUCUCUAAAUGACAAGACAUCAGCAAUUCAAGAGACUGCAGAUAAUUUAGCAAAGAAGAGGAAGUGGGAAGAGUCGUUCCCGACGACACCGUUGAACUCCGUUUUCGAUAUCGAGCUUCACCUCGAAACUCCAUUACCUUUCUACUGGCAAAGAUGUCUCGACAUUCAGUCGGGAAAGAUACACUUUUACAACACGACGACUCAAAAGAGAACAUGGAAAGAUCCGAGGGACAAGCUCGAGAAAGACGACAACCACGAGGAUGAUGACAACGACGAGGACAACGACAUGAGUUUGGACCUUGAACUCAACUUGACUUGUGAAUCGCUCGACAAGAAUAACAAUAAUCAAGCAAUACAAGGGGGGCGUCAAGCUAUAAAUAAUGGAAUGAUUUUUGGGUCGUCGGAAAAUUACAAUAACAACAACAACAAUAAGGCGGAGAUGGUGGCGGCCGUUUGCAUGAGGUGCCAUUUGUUAGUGAUGAUGUGUAAAUCUUCGCCGGAGUGUCCUAAUUGUAAAUUUAUGAACUCGCCACCGCCGGAGCAGACCUCGCCGGCGAUGUUCAAGCGCCGGUGUCACCUUUCUUGGUAAUUAAAGCGAUAAUUAUAUUAUAUUAAUUAUAUAAUUAGGAGGAAAUGGUAAACUCUUGAAUAAUAUUAUAAUUAUUCUCUUUAAUUGUAACUUGUAUUUGUAGGACGACUCUGAACUUUCCUUCUUUUUUUUUUAUUGGUGUUAUUGUUAUCAAACGAACUUUUUCCUUCCCAAAAAAAAAAAAAAAAAUUGGGGGAGGUUUGUAAUGUGUAUAUAUACAAAUGGGUGUUUUAAUUGUUAUAAA